AUCGAUAAAUUAUAUUGCAAGCUUCGCUGCUAUCGAAUUUGAGGCGAAGAUAGCAAAAAUUUAAGAUAUGAUAAUUUAUACCAGUUAUAUUUGGGUUUUAACUGCCCUGUUUGGAUUUGUAAGCUGUUAUGUUGGAAGUCAAAUUAAUCUCUCUUGUGAAAACGGCGUGUGUUCCAGGCAAGCGGAUCAAGGACCAUGUGUUGUUAGCGACGACCACGAACGCCUUUUUAGAUGGGAUCCAGUCAAGAGAGGUCACGUGAGGGAAUUAGAGUUAGAGCCUGGGAAAAAAUACAAGAUGAUAACUUUAGCCUCCAAACCUCCGGUGUUUGAGCUCCCUGAUUUUCUAAGCGAGGAGGAAAGUGAGCAUAUCAUCGAUCUAGCUGAAAUGUUUGGCCUUGAAAAUAGCCUCAUGCAUACUGAUGAAUUUCAAGAACAACAUAAGAAAGAAGUGAAAGGGCACGCAAGUGGAGCUGCUGGUAUAUAUCUAAGCUGGGACGAAAAUCAGGAUAAGGAGAUAACUAAAGACGAGGUAAUUCACUUUUCACGGAGAUAUAAGUUUCUUUACAUGACCCCUGAGGAAGUCGACGUCAUGAUAAAGAAAUUGAAGAUCAGAGAGUUUGAUGAUGGCAAAGUCACGAUACAAGAAUUUCGUAAACUACCAACGGCUGCUAUGGACGACUAUAUGAACAAGCUGAAAGAAUUAUCACCAGUUCACCGUGAACGAAACAGCCACCAAACCUGGCUACAUCAGGGAAAGUUUGCCAGUAAAAUUAUGCAAAGGUUACGAGAAAGAAUAAAGAAACUAACAAGGCUAUCUGAUCGUGUCAUCCGUGGAAGUGAACCUUUACAAGUGGUGAAGUACGAUGAAAAUGGCCAUUACAAUGUUCAUCACGAUGCUCAGCCAGUGGCUACUCACUCGCACCUCAAGUGCUGUCACCUGAACGUCACCAAGAUACCAGCUUGCAGACUUUGUAGAUAUAUUACUAUAUUGUAUUACCUAAAUGACGUCGAGGAGGGUGGAGAAACAGCUUUUCCAGUUGCUGAUAAUAAAACCUUUGAUCAACAGUUGUACAUCAAAACCAUGAGUGAUGAUUUAUUCAACUUGAUGGAAUUCUGCCAUGCCGCCAGACUAGUGGUCCCCCCAAAGCGAGGCAAGGCUAUCAUGUGGUAUAAUCACUUCGUGGAUGAAGAGACUGGCUGGCUGGGAGAGAGGGACGAUUACACCCUUCACGGGGGGUGUGGAGUGCAGAAGGGAAUCAAAUGGAUUGCAAAUAACUGGAUUACUGCCCCUGACGCACCACUUGCGCAUAUAAGAAGUAACUUUGAAAUCAAGGAAGAAGAAGAAGAAGAACCUUUUAACUUAUAAAAUUUUGAGAUAAAAAAUUUAGC